AUGACUGCAUUGACAAUCUUCCAUCUGUUUCCUCAUCUGCCACGGGAUAUACAGUUGGUCAUAUGGGAUCUCUACGAGUCCGGCCCAGGGAUGCGCCACAAAUUCACUGUUGGCUACGGCAAGUUGACACACACGACCAUAGACCCGUCGCACAACAAAUACAUCUCCAACACGGCUGGCGAGAAUGACCCGGCAGAGCUGCGCCUUGAUCCUUUCUGCAAGUACAAGUUCGACAAGAUUGAGCUGUCAAACGCAGAUGACUAUCCCGCGCCACCCAACAUGGACCCGGAAGAGAAGCUGGAAGAGUGUGAAUUGAGGCGGUGGUAUAGCGCUCGCAGCAAGAGCUGGCUAGUGACGCAGCCAACGUCAAACGUGUACGCUGACCUGGAGCGCGACGUCUUUUACCUGAACAGGAACUACUGCCCACUCCUCGAUUCCCCCCAGGGCGGCGCCGAAGGGGACAUGUUCAGGGACCAGCCGGCCGCCUGUUGGAUGCCCAAGCAACUGUCGCAAGCCCGGCAUGUUGCCGUUCCCCUCUUCUUUGGGCAUAGCAACGUUCAUCAUCGGGAUUUAUGGUUAACUCUUGGUAUACUCGGCCAGUACCAAAACCUCAAGACGGUCUACAUUGUUGUCCGGCCCGUGGCCAAUCUCCCGGAUAGGGUUGAAUUGAUGAGACGCGUCGGAGAGCUUCCCAGAGACGUCUUUGGUUUUGUGGCCUUGAACACGUUUCUACAGGCUUUCCGGGAAAGGAGGAAUAUAGAUUUCAUACGGCGAAUAUCGUACUGGCAGGACAGUUUCAUGCGACGCCGCCCAGACCUUUGCCAAAGAGCUCGAGUGAUUCCCGUGGUCGAUGCAUGUUUUGAUGCAAGCUGGUGA